CCCCCUAGAAAGUCUCCCACUCAAGUGUUUGGAGAAAAGUUUAAAAUCAUGAGCAAUCGUAUUGGAUUGUUCGAUCUAGAGAAGCAUUUUGCUUUCUAUGGAGCUUAUCACAGCAAUCCCAUUGACAUUAUAAUCCACACUCUGUUCGUAUGGCCAAACGUCUUCGCUACCCUUCUCUUCCUCUACUCUAUGCCACCGAUUUUAGAUCACUCUCAAUUAGGCUUCCUCAAAUCGCUGACUUUUGACAGUGUUUUGCGUUUUGACAUUGGUUUAACUCUCACUCUUCCUCGCAGCUCGAUUAGGACAUUCCUUGACCUUAAAGUUGGUGUUCCUAUUGGUGUAUAUAUGCUGAUGUUGAUGUUGGAACGUCAAUGUCUUGUCUCCGAACUUUAAUGAUCACUUGUCUGGAUAUAAUGUGGUCCUUUUAUGAUUCUUUUUAUCAGAAAACCUCCAAAUUAAAUGUCUGCAUCACUUGUGUUCAAGACGAAGUUUCUUCUUUUGUAUUGUUAAUAUUUAUAUCUUUUGCAUUUUUUGACUCGCUUUCUCAGUUUGGAGUAGCUUCUCAGCUCUUAUGUUGGAGUGGUCAGUUCCUCGGUCACGGCUUGUUUGAGGUAAUAAACUUCCUUUGUUGUU